AUGGCGCAUAACACGUUGACACCUAAUAAUAAAGUACGAAGAAGAAGUCAUUCAAUAUUGCCAAUAGCUCAGUCCUUUUUGUCAGUAGUGCCAAUAGCUCAGUCCUUUUUGUCAGUAGUGCCAAUAGCUCAGUCCUUCUAUCCAGUAGUGCCAAUAGCUCAGUCCUUUUUGUCAGUAGAGCCAAUAGCUCAGUCCUUCUAUCCAGUAGUGCCAAUAGCUCAGUCCUUUUUGUCAGUAGAGCCAAUAGCUCAGUCCUUCUAUCCAAUAGUCCCAAUAGCUCAGUCCUUCUAUCCAAUAGUCCCAAUAGCUCAGUCGUUUUUGUCCGUAGCGCCAAUAGCUCAGUCAUUUUUGUCAGUAGUGCCAAUAGCUCAGUCCUUUUUGUCAGUAGUGCCAAUAGCUCAGUCCUUUUUGUCAGUAGUGCCAAUAGCUCAGUCCUUUUUGUCAGUAGUGCCAAUAGCUCAGUCCUUUUUGUCAGUAGUGCCAAUAGCUCAGUCCUUUUUGUCAGUAGUGCCAAUAGCUCAGUCCAUCUAUCCAAUCGUGUCAAUAGCUCAGACCUGCUAG